GCUAGUAUUCAUGCUUACAUCGCCGAUCAACCGUUACUUUCAACGGUCAUUGAGGCAUAUCCACAGUACUAUCCCAAGUCUCUGGCAGUCUUACGAAAAUGAACGGCAUUAUGAACCUGGAGAAGAUGCUUUGAGCCGAACAUGGCAUGGUCUCACAUACGACUUUCGGCGAUGGAAACGCCGUUAUCAGGAAGCCCGCAAAGAUGCUUUCCGUCGUCGAAAUCCAAUCGCUCAUAUGAAACAAGCUGUGCAGGAUGCUGAACUUUUUCCGUUUCGAGCCGAGAUUCUUAUCAUAGGCGGUGGACUAAGCGGAUCUUCUACCGCUUACUGGUUGAAAGAACGCUUUCGUGAUGAAGACUUCAAAGUAGUAGUAGUGGAAAACAAUGAUAAAUUUACUCAAAAUAAUGCUCCUCCUGAUAUAAAUCUUCUCCCGAACGGGUUUCUUUACUUGGCUCGUAAUGAAGAAGAAACAGAUUCAUUAAGAAAGAACUGGAAACUACAAGUAGAUAAAGGAGCUUGUGUAGCGUUACUAUCAAAAUCCGAUCUUCAGGACCGUUUUCCUUUCAUGAAUUUUGACGAUGUUGUUUUAGGAAGUUUGGGGAAAGGCGAAGGUUUGCUGGCGGUCCCGGUCCCUGUCCGGCCCAGAAGGCGGACCAAUUUUAUCAUUCACGCGCCAGACGUUCCCGUCGACAUGCCCUCUUUAGUGGAGCCGUGCGGUGUGUACUGCCGUCAACUGGAUAUUGGCAAUAACUUUGUAGUUGGAAGAAAUCCAUCAAAAGUGAGGUUGGAAGAAGACAACGAUGAGCGGGAGUCCUUAGAAGUGGAUUAUAAUGAAUUUUAUGAGAAUGUAUGGCCAGUUUUGGUACGAAGGGUAUCCGGAUUUCAGUCGGCAAAGAUAAAAUCAGCUUGGUGUGGUUUGCAAGAUGUGAAUACGUUUGAUUCCGCCCCUGUCAUCGGAGAACAUCCACUGUAUCAGAAUCUCUUCAUGAUGUGUGGUUUCGGCGGAAGGGGUGCGAUGCAUUCGUUGGCUGCUGGACGGGCUUUUGCAGAACGAUUAUUUGAAGGAGCUUAUGUAAAUGUUUAUAAAGAUGAGGAGUAGAA